AACAGUUCUAUCCUCGACGUGCCACGUGCGAGACGAACGUCGCGACCUCCUCCUCCUUCGACCUCGCCCGACCCUUCUCUCCCUCUCUCUCUAGUCCCUACCUAGUAGUAGUAGUGACUACAGAGCGGGAGAAAAAUCCGCACUCAGAGCGGAGAAUUAGGGUUAGGGUUACACGGAACGAUGGGGAAGGAUCUCUAGGAAGAAGAAGACGACGGCGACGAUGCAAUCCUGUAGCGCGCUCAACCUCCAAAUCCUCUCUUCCGUGAAACCUCCCUCUGCUCCGCUCCUCAAUUCGUCCCCAGAUCUACUUCUCGAUCGAAGAAGACGACGAAGAUCAUCCCUAAGUCCAUCGAUUUCAUUAAGAUACAGAUGCUUAUCGAGGUUUAGAUCGUUGCAUUAUAGCAUUAGAGCUCAAGCAUCAAAUGUCAACAUUGGAGCUGGGGGUUAUGGAGGCGAAGGAGGAACGAGUAGCCACGGAGAUAUGGCGGAUGGGUCUACAAGUGGAACUUCACCGAAAUCAGAAAAGCCUCUUUCAGGAGUUCGAUACCAGUUAUCUAUUGCUGGUGUGCUACUUAUAUCCAUGCUGGCAUUUUCUCUUAUUGUUACUUUGAAAGGAGGACCUUCUGCGGUCAUAGAUGCACUUGCAAAAUCAGGCUUCACUGCUGCAUUCACAUUAAUAUCUGUUUCUGAGAUUGGAGAUAAGACAUUUUUCAUUGCUGCACUAUUAGCUAUGCAGUAUAAGAGAGCACUGGUUCUACUUGGAUCAAUGGGUGCUCUCUCACUAAUGACAAUCUUAUCUGUCAUAAUAGGACGGAUAUUCCAAUCUGUGCCGGCACAAUUUCAGACUACAUUACCCAUUGGAGAGUACGCGGCAGUGGCUCUCCUUACAUUUUUUGGUCUAAAGUCAAUAAAAGAUGCAUGGGAACUCCCAUCAGAUGUUAGCAAUGGUGAUAAGAAAGAGACUACUGAACUUGGAGAACUUGUUGAAGCAGAGGAGCUUGUGAAGGAAAAGGUAGCCAAAAAGCUAACCAGUCCACUUGAGAUCCUUUGGGAGUCUUUUAGCCUUGUAUUCUUUGCGGAAUGGGGUGAUCGCUCUAUGCUGGCUACAAUUGCUUUAGGUGCUGCACAGUCUCCAUGGGGUGUUGCUAGUGGAGCCAUUGCCGGACACCUAAUUGCAACAUCUAUUGCCAUUCUGGGUGGAGCAUUUCUAGCCAACUAUAUUUCCGAGAAACUGGUUGGCUUUCUGGGUGGAGUAUUAUUUUUGAUCUUCGCGGCGGCCACUCUGCUCGGAGUUUUUUAGGAUGAUAUGGUAAGAAAGAUGCUUUGGAUAUUACAUGUUGUAUUCCAUUAUUAGAUAGAAUAGUUCGCACUUUUAACUUAUUUACGGCCAGUUUGGGAAUAAAUCUGUGUUAUUAAAAUAUGUAGUCGAUGAUCAUUUGUUUGAAAUUAGGCGUAACAGAUGCGAGUUUUGAUAUUGGCAUCAGUUUUAGUGAAGCAGCAUCCAUAAAUUCAUUCACUAGAUUGGGUGAGUCUUUUUCG